AUGCCCUACCCCUUUUCUCAUGUCUGUACGGUGUUCUGGAUCCGAAACCGCUUCUCCCUAGAAGUGUGUCGGUAUUUACAGCCCGCGGACGAUGCACCGCAACUGUUCUCCUCUCUUGUUGAGCUCGAAGGCCUCGGCCGGCGGCCACUCAGUAGUGAGCAGGAUUUGAAGAGUUAUGAACGAUUUGCCGUGGAGGAUCAUGUGCAUGAUGUAAUUGAGAAACUGUGUGAAAUACCUGACGCGCGACGCGAGUUUCAGCUUGGCAGUGGAAUUCAGUUCGAUAAUCAUACUAAUGUUCUGGAUGAGGACGAAGAUGGCCAGUCGGAAGCAUCGAACCCCCAGCGACCCAGACCUGAUCAAUUCUGCAUUCACCGAGUUGAUGGUUCUACGAACUCUCUUCUCACUACGGUCGAGUAUAAGCCACCUCACAAGCUUUCCGUAGAAAGUCUCCGGACAGGACUUCGGCCCAUGAACUUCUGGCAGUCUGGUCCAGCAGACACGAUCCCAACAGAUGCAGCGGAGAAGUUGAGGCACAAUGCAGAGCGGCUAGCAGGGUCGGCAAUCAUUCAGGAGUACCAUGUCAUGAUUCAAGAGGGGCUCGAGUAUUCAUAUGUGACGAUUGGUUUGGCGCGUGUCCUUCUACAAGUCCCAUAUGACGAUCCAAGCACUCUGUACUAUUGUCUGUGCGAGCCCAAGCUGGAUGCGAAUGCAGGGGAUGGUCAUAGCCUUCUGGGACUGAAUACUGACAUUGGCGGGGUGCUGUGUCUUUGCUUAAUGAGCUUUCGUUCGCCCCCUCGCGACCAGGCAUGGCGGAAUGCUGCCCGGGCGCGGUUACAUGUAUGGAAGACGAAUUUUGAUCACACAUCGGGCUGUCGAAUGCCCACUCAGUCUCGAGCUGGCUGUGCACCUUCGGAUACAUCAUAUUACAGAGAGUCGAUGGACUCCUCGGACUCUGAUUCUCACCAAGCCACGUCAGGACGGAAGCGAGGGUUCAGUCAGGUUAUAGCAUGCCCCCCCACACAGAGAUCAGGACGCCAAGCUGGGACUCGACAGGUGCAAAGCGGUUCAUACAAAGAACAUGCGGUGCAACUUUGCACACAACGCUGUCUGCUUGGUCUGCAACAGGGUGGCCCACUCGAUGAAAACUGUCCAAAUGUCAAGCUGCACCGACGUGGCUGCCGACACUGUAUCGAUACUGGUACCUUGGUGCAGUUGCUCCAACAGCAGCUGGACGAAGAUUUGGACCACAAAUGCACGCCUUUCGGUGCUCGUGGAUCUUAUGGGGCGCCGUUCAGGAUCACUUGUGCUGCGUAUGGCUAUACUGUGGUCCGAAAAGGAACCACUUCUCAACUGUGGAAGGAGGUUUCGCAUGAAGCAGAGAUAUACCAGGUCCUAAAGAGAGCACAGGGGUCAGCAGUGCCCGUUUUUCUGGGGGCGAUCAACUUAACAAACAUUUAUUUUCUACAUGGAGCUGGAGAGAUUCGUCACAUGCUGCUCAUGGCUUGGGGAGGCGACAGUGCCACAGAUCGUAAGAAGGGGACCGUAUAUCGCCGCGAGAAACUCAGAUCAAUCCAGGAAAUCCGCUCUUUGGGGAUCAUUCAUCAAGACCUUCGGUCAGACAAUAUUAUUUGGAAUAUAGAGCUCAAUCCUGCUCUGGUUAUUGACUUCCAUCGUGCUGAGUUAGAUCGCCCGUUAUAUCCAUUGUCUGAGCCAAUGGCGCUUAACCCUCUAAAUAUACCAGUCAACUAA